AUGCGUGCGGGAGCUCAAACACCUAGGAAGGGUAGCUAUGAAACUCCUUCCGCGUCACAAUCUCGAGCUGCAUCUCCCAUGCGCAUAUUCUCAUGGCCUGGCUUUCAUCGUAGGGAAACGCGCGAAGAACCAUUCGUCCCUCAGAACCCCUUCCAAAGGCGAAACCCAUUACGCAGAUUUUCUAUCGGUAGCCCUGAAUUCCACAAUAUUGAAAGCUUUGAUCCCAAUUGCGAGGAUGCGCUCAAGCAAUGUCUACCCCGUCCAAUAACAUGUUCCCCCUUCAAGACUUCGCGAAGAUUCUUCCGCUCCUCUCGUUAUUUUUUAAUGGACACACUCCCCCGGCAAAUCUACCUACAUUUACUGCUUCGCCUUCCCUCUCUUUAUUUUUCACGCAUCGCUCGUGUAUAUGAGGAUGCAGAACUCAGUCGCCCGGAUAUUCAACGAUUGAUCGAUGCCUGUGCGCCCCAACUCCAGAACCCCAACUCCAGCCAUGUUCCGCCAGGAGCUCACUACCACCCACAGCCUGCUCUACCUUUAGCAGAUGAAUGGACCACCGCCAAUGUCUCCCCAGCUCUCGUCCGAUUCAAGCAUUCCUGGGAGGCAUUUAUCGACUCCCUGCUCCGAGAGUGGAAGACCCUGAACCUUGUCUCGGCUUUGUUGCUUUCUGCCAUAUUAUCCAUGUUUCAGAACAGCGUGAUGGCUCAGGAUCCUGUGAUCCGCACAGCAGCGCUACUUUCGCUGACGUCCGCAUUGAUGAGCCUAACAUUCGGCUGUAUCUACAUCGUCCGCUUUGGCACCAUGAGAAGUAUGUAUAAAGCUACCCGAUGGGCUGAGGAAGCACGUAAAACAACAACAUUCAUUUGGUGGAAUGUGUGGGUCCUAUUGGCGAUGCCUGCAGUAUGGCUUGCCUGGUCCAUGUUCUUUUUCAUCGCCGCCAUUCUCUCCUUCGUGUGGCGCUCUGAUUCUUCAACAGACAACACCAGCCCCGCACCGCUUUCCCCAUACGCUAUACUGGGCCCGCGCAUCGCCAUCACGUCCCUAUUCAUAAUCGGGUUGAUCGACUUCAUGCUGAUCGUCAAGACACUGCAUAACUACGGACGCGCGCGGAAUGCAGAAGGGAGACGGGCAGAACAUCUGUCAAGAGGCAGAGCUCGCUUCACGAGAGAGGGGCGUGGGCAUCUUGAUAGGGAUCGCCCGUCUGAAGGUGGCGCACUAUCAGCCGUCACAGGUCUCGGCCUCACAAACCUUGAUGGCGCUCUGCAUUCUAGUCCCCGUAGCUCCAACGAGUUGUCGCGGGAGAAGGACAAGACUGUGGUGAUUGUGGCUACCAAUGAUUGA